GAAAGACAAGGAUGAUCGUGGCCUGCUAUUGGUCCAAAGUUUCCCGGGGAAAUAACGUCACCCGUUGUUUCGCGCCAGAUCUGCAGCACUCGGGCGUACACACAAGAAGAGAUAUCCCAACAACAAUGUCUUCCCCAACAUCGACUCCUGGUGGCCGCAAACGAGGAAGGAACACCAACCCACCCACACCCAGCAGUGAGGACCCCACCUCGCCUCCCUCUCAGCGGCGCAGAGGCCAGGACUCCUCCACCGGGGACCUGAUGCCGAUGCCCACCUCUCCGGCCACCGACAUGCUCAGUCCAGCUGCACCUCAGGACACUUCUCUGCUCUCCAGCCCACGUCCCUCAGUCCUACCCAAUGAAGUGGACAUGAGCUCCCCUCUGAUGUAUGGGACCCCCAGCUCCAGGGUUGAAGGAACCCCACGCAGUAGUGUGCGUGGCACCCCAGCCAGACAGCGUCCUGAUCUGGGGUCAGUCAGGAAGGCUCCACAAGUCGAUCUACACUCUGAGCCGCCAAGUGCCGAUGGUGCUGUAGCCAGUGAGCCAAACGUAGGCCAGAGACUCGUGAUCUGGGGGACUGAUGUCAAUGUAGGGACCUGCAAGGAGAAGUUUCAGAGGUUCCUGCAGAGGUUCAUUGACCCAACCUCCACCGAAGAUGAGAACGCUGGUCUGGACCUGAACGAGCCUUUAUACAUGCAGAAGCUGGAAGAGAUCAGUGUUGUCGGUGAUCCAGUGCUGAAUGUGAAUUGUCUGCAUGUGCAGUCCUUUGAUGCAGAUCUUUACAGGCAGCUCAUCUGCUACCCACAGGAAGUGAUCCCAACCUUCGACAUGGCAGUCAACGAGCUUUUCUUUGAGCGUUUCCCAGACUCCAUCCUGGAGUACCAGAUCCAAGUCCGCCCCUACAACGCCCUGAAAACCAGAAACAUGAGGAGCCUGAACCCAGAAGACAUCGAUCAGCUGAUCACUAUCAGCGGCAUGGUGAUCCGCACCUCGCAGCUCAUCCCCGAGAUGCAGGAGGCUUUCUUCCAGUGCCAGGUGUGCGCCUACAGCACCCGUGUGGAGGUGGAUCGUGGGCGCAUUGCUGAACCGGCUGUGUGUCGCCACUGCAACACCACCCACAGCCUGGCCCUCGUUCACAAUCGCUCCGCCUUUUCAGACAAACAGAUGAUCAAAAUUCAAGAGUCUCCUGAAGACAUGCCGGCUGGUCAGACGCCUCACACAACUAUUGUCUAUGCUCACAACGACCUGGUGGAUAAAGUGCAGCCAGGAGACCGCAUAAACAUCACCGGGAUCUACAGAGCAGUCCCCAUGCGCGUCAACCCGUUUCAGAGCAAUGUGAAGUCGGUGUACAAGACGCACAUCGACGCCAUCCACUUCCGUAAGACGGACGAGAAGCGCCUGCACGGUUUGAGCGAGGAAGCCGAACAGAAGCUCUUCACUGAAGACCGAGUGCAGACCCUGAAGGAACUGGCAGCCAAGCCAGACGUCUACGAACGCCUCUCCUCUGCCCUCGCACCAAGUAUCUAUGAGCAUGAGGACAUCAAAAAGGGCAUUUUGCUGCAGCUGUUUGGCGGCACUCGUAAGGACUUCAGUUCGACCGGCCGCGGCAACUUCCGGGCAGAGGUUAACAUCCUGCUCUGCGGAGACCCCGGAACCAGUAAGUCCCAGCUUCUGCAGUACGUCUACAACCUGGUGCCCCGCGGACAGUACACGUCGGGGAAGGGCUCCAGCGCUGUGGGUCUCACCGCCUACGUGAUGAAGGACCCAGAGACCAGGCAGCUGGUACUGCAGACCGGAGCUCUGGUGCUGAGCGACAACGGCAUCUGCUGCAUCGACGAGUUCGACAAGAUGAGCGACAACACUCGCUCUGUGCUGCAUGAGGUCAUGGAGCAGCAGACCCUCUCCAUUGCCAAGGCUGGAAUUAUUUGCCAGCUAAACGCCCGCACCGCCGUGUUGGCCGCUGCUAACCCUGUUGAAUCUCAGUGGAACCCCAAAAAGACCACGAUUGAGAACAUCCAGCUGCCUCACACACUGCUGUCCAGAUUCGACCUCAUCUUCCUGAUGCUGGAUCCCCAAGAUGAGGCUUACGACCGCAGGCUGGCCCACCACCUGGUGUCGCUGUACUACCAGAGCGAGGAGCAGAUGGAGGAAGAGUUCCUUGACAUGUCUGUGUUGAGGGACUACAUUGCAUAUGCACGAACGUACAUUAAUCCAAGGCUGAAUGAGGAAGCCAGCCAGGCCCUCAUUGAGGCCUAUGUGGACAUGAGGAAGAUAGGCAGUGGUCGGGGGAUGGUGUCCGCCUACCCCAGACAGCUGGAGUCCCUGAUCCGCUUAGCAGAGGCCCACGCCAAGGUGCGCUUCUCUGAGAAGGUGGAGACCAUUGACGUGGAGGAGGCCAAGCGGCUGCAUCGAGAGGCCCUCAAACAGUCGGCCACUGACCCCAGAACAGGAUUUGUUGACAUCUCUAUUCUCACAACAGGUAUGAGUGCCACCGGCCGCAAGCGCAGGGAGGAGGCAGCCCAAGCCCUGAAGAAACUGAUCCAGGCCAAGGGAAAGACACCAGCCAUGAAAUACCAGCAGCUGCUCGAUGACUUCAGAGGACAGUCUGAAACUGCAAUCACUAAGGAGCUGUUCGACGAGGCGCUCCGAGCGCUGGCUGACGAGGAUUACUUGACGGUCACUGGAAAGACUGUUCGUCUCCUCGCCUAAGGCACACCCUGCAAUUAUGUACAGUCCUUAAUUUUAAAUCCUAUCUUGUUGUAAAAAAGCUUUGUAUAAUUGAACCACCAUAUGUUUUCUGGGCGUAUUAGAUGUUUGAAUAUACUUGGAUUUAGAGACAUGAUUCAGAAUAACCACGAGUCAUUCAACUUUUGGUGUCCUGUUCUGAUUUAAAAAAAAAAAAAAAAAAAAAAAAAAAAAAAAAAAAAAAAAACACAUAUACUGGCUAAUAUUUAAAAGUGCUUGCAUUUCAUUUGUUUACCUGUUUUCAAGUAAUGCUAUUUUUGUGCUGUGUUAUGGUAAAAAGCUCUUUCUUCCAACUUUGUAAUUGUACAUUGUAAUGACUUGAGUUUGUUUCUCUUUUGUUUGUUUUUUUUUGGGAUGUUUAGGUUGAGUAUGUUACUUUUUGUAUCACGUUUCUAAAUACUGUGGACAAUUGAGUACGUAUUAUUUCCACAAAGUUGAAUUGUCCUUGUAGCUUGCAUUGACUACUUGUUAAUAGAGGGAAAAUAAAAUGUUGCUCACUGAAAA